AUGAAGGCCUCAAUCGUUGCAUCCGCCCUCGCUCUCUGCGCCAUCACCCCGGCCUUCGCCUCUCCCAUUCUCGAUGCUCGCGCAGCUGCCCCUGCCUGUAAGCCCGUGUAUAUCACCAAGCUCACGCCGGCCAAGCCUGUGACUAUCACCGCUCCCGGCAAGACCAUCACCGUCCCUGCCCCUGCAGGCGCUGCUGGCACCAAGACCAUCUCCAUUACCGUCAACAAGCCCAUCACUGUCACCGCUGCCGGAAACGCUGCCGCUGCUGGAAAGACCAUCACCGUCACGGCAGCAGGUACCGCAGCCGGCAAGACCAUCACCGUCACUGCUGCAGGAAACAGUGCUGCAGGCGCAAAGACCAUCACUGUCACUGCAACUCCCUCGGCAAAAACCAUCACUGCCACUCCCUCCGCAAAGACGAUUACAGUCAGCGCAAAGGCAUCCACCCUUACAGUCUCUACCACUUUGACCGAAACCACUACUGCAACCACAACUGAAAUUGCAACUUUAUCAGUCACUGCAACAAAGACUAUCACUGUCGCUGCCGGCGCAAAGGCCACUGGAACGAGCGGAAGCGAUGACGGCUCCGAUGGCUCUGACGGCUCUGACGGCUCAGAUGACUCUGGCGACGGCGAUGACGGCUCCUCCGACGGUGCUGACGAUGGCAGCGACGAGGGCGAUAAUGAGCAGUAG